UCGUAAAUGAAUGUCAGCUUCAGUUUGACAUUGACGUUUCCAAUCCAAAUGCUGUACGUGGUUUUGCGGACUUGUUUUCAAUUCUCAUCUGAAAAAUUUAUACUUUGAAGCGUCUUGUAUCAAUAAAUUAAUAAAAUUCAACAUUCUUCACUUUCUUAAUCAUGGACGACCACAACAACGGGCUGGCGGAGAAAAUAAUAAAAGAGUUGAAUCAUGUUCUUGCAAAUCCUGGAUUGACCGAGUUCGACAUUGUUCCUUUAGAAUCAAAUAAGAACAAAUCGCCUGUUCUGUAUGUUAACACAUCUGUGGGAUUGGAGUCUUGGUGUGUGAAACAUGUGUACAUGUACUGCUACAAUGAACUGAUCGUGGAUUUCCUCACUAAUCCAAAGCGAAGACUCAGCAGGAUAUCUAAUCUAAACUUCAAACGGAUAGCACAUUUGUUAAAUACAACAAUACUGCUGAAUCCUGAUAUAAGUACUCUUUGGAACAAGAGGCGUGAGAUGUUGGGGAAGAAUUACCUUGAGUGGUCGUCAGAAUUACAGUUCGCAAGGUUGGUCUUAUCCAGAAAGCCUAAAUGUAAUGAUGCUUUUGCAUAUAGACGGUGGAUCCUACAAGAUUUCCUGAAAGGGGAUGUGCAGCAACCUUACCAGUUAAUAGAUUCUGUACUAGUUGAAGAGCUUGAUGUGUGCAACAUGGCUGCCGACAAAUGCCAAAACAAUUAUCACUGCUGGGACCAUCGCAGGUGGCUACAUAAUAUUUGCGGGAAAUUGCAAUUCGGUUUCAAUUCCGCCCUCUUCUCCUUUACUGAAUACCAAUUUAUCAAGGAUUGGACCUCAAAACAUGUGUCCGACCACAGUUGCUUUCACUACCGCCAGUUCUGCGUAAAAAAGCUCUAUGAAGUAGAUGAACGGUGGACAGUAUUUGAAAAAAUGAUACAAGUUGACUUACGCGAGAAUUUGCAAAAGGUUGUGGAGGCUCAUUUACCUAAUGAUGCAAGUGUGACGCCCAACAAGACAUUCAAGAAAACAAUUGACGAUGAUGACCUCAUUGCCUUAGUGUUAGGCCACGGUCCCGGUACAUGCAUAUGCAACAAUACAUCCAACACAUGUCAAAAAUUAGAAAUCCUGUUCUAUGAACUAGUAUCAAAUGAUGAGCUGCUGAAAUACUAUAAAUAUCAUGAAACUCUCUGGUAUCACCGGCGGUUUGUAGUACAUGAGAUCUUAGAGACUAUGUAUGAGUAUUUAGGAAUAGAGAGGACGAAUGGAAAACUUGUAAAGAGGACUUUAUCACCUGAGGAGAUAGAACGCAGAGAUACAUGUAUAAAUUGUGAUAAUGCUGAAUUAAAGGAACAUCAUAGUAAGGUUGAACAGCUAGAGAUUGGCUGGGUUUAUAACUGUGAGCUAUUCAAAGUCUUAGUGAAACAUGAGAAAGAGUUGAUAAAAGAUAGGCGAAGAGAUUCUGACAAAUAUGCGGGUAGGCAUGAAGACUACCUGAAGUACGUUGAGGGACUUGAUAAGUACUUUUAAAU